AUGUCUUCGUCAAGGAAUCGUCGUGGUUCCAUUACGGAUUCCCCGACUCAGGGCUACUAUGACCAAGCUCUCCUCCGCCGGAAGGUUUCCGAAGCUAUGGGUAAGAAACCUCCGGCUGUCACUCAUCCGAAUCCUCCCAAUAAUUCUCCUUCUUCCUCAAAAGACGUUUUAUGCGCUCUUUGUUGGAUUUGGUUUAUCAAUUUGGUGGUGGUUUUAGCCGAUUUCUAUGGAGCUUCGUCUUAA